CCCGGACAGAGCGGGGCCGCGGAGCAGGCCGGUUAGUCACAUCACGGCUUAUGAAGAUCCUAUAAACAGCUGCCAUGGGAAGUAAAGGAGGAUUUACCCUUCUUGGACUCCUGCUCAUCCUGGCUCUACUCUGCCGUUCAGGUCACAGCCUGAGGUGCUACCAAUGCAAUAAAAAUGUUCAACGCUGUUUUAAUGUCGAGAACUGUAGCGGUAAUUUUGAUGCGUGUUUGUCUGUGGAGGCUGCGGCGGGGCAGAACAGAUAUUUUCAGUGUUGGAAAAGAAGGGAAUGCAACUAUGCAGAUAUUUCAAGACUCCUGGGGGAAAGUCAGCUGAAGUACCGCUGCUGCGAGGAAGACUUGUGUAACAGAGAUGACGCGCCCAUCAUGUCGGGAAAGACGGCUCUGCUGGUGGUCCCACUUCUGGCUGCAGCCUGGAACGUGUGUUUCUGAAUCAACUCCAAGAGGGCUGCUCAGAAACUCCCAUUUCUGUAUAUGCCUUAUAUCCUUUGCUGCUGCCUUCCUGAAGCUUCCUGUUUUUCCAGUUCAGUCCUGUAGGAAAAAAAAAAAGAGUAAAGCACGUAGAAGGAAUUGGACAAGAGAUUCAGAUGACCAGUCCUUUUUGGUAGAGAAGCCCCAUUUGAAGGAAGAAUUUCGGGGGAGGCAUAUGUGAUUUAAACGAGGUUGUAUGCUUCUUCCAUGUACUUUGUAGGGUCUGCCUUGCACUGACCCCUUGCAGAGCAGAUUCUCUGCAUUUCUCAGUUACUUCCCUUUAGGUCCCUUUAGGUCCCUGUAUUAUACAUACAUAAUACACUAUGUAUGUAUAUUAGUGUAUAGGCAUGGCAAAUAUUACAGAUGUGGCUGUCAGUCAGAAGCUAUGAAAUUGGUGCUGGGGGGCGGGGGUGGUUGCUAAGAACAGGGGUUUAAGGCACUUGGCCUUGCAUGUUACUGACUCUACUUUGAUCCCUGGCACUGCAUAUGGUCCCCUGAGAACCACCAGGAGUGAUUUCUUGAGCGCAGAGCCAUAAGUAAGCCCUGAGCACUGCUGGAUGUGACCCCAAAACCGAAAAUAAAUGUUUAUUGUUAAAAGUAAAUUCAUACUGCAGAGUUAUUGGAAUGAAUAUUUUUCAAAGGGUGCCCUGUGAGGAAGGAAAUAAGCUUACAGAUGACAGGACAUGGAAAUAUAAGGUCUGCUUCAGAGAGGUAGCAGUGAUUAAAACCUAAGCUUUCCUAGAUUUCUCAAUAUUCUAUGGUCUUGGCUGUCUUUAGCUAAAAAAAAAAAAAAAAAAAGAAAGAAAAAGGCUAAAAGGAAAAAUCUUUUUUGUGUCGGAAUGCUGGGAAAUCUUGACUUUGUCACAUGUGGUUCAAGACUGAGCAUUUCAACAUUCUAUGUUACAUGUGACUCACAGUAUUGAGAGUGUGCUUAUUUUAAAGUUUUUGGUUUUAAUGUGGGUAUGAAGACUCUUACCCACAUGUGUGUCUUCUGUAUUAGUGCAAUGAGAAGAGUCUUUGGGGCUGAAUCUGGACUUCCCAAUGGAUUAUGAGCAUCAACAGGGAUGUGUUUGACAAGCUGACAUUCAGCGUGGUGAUUUCUAGUUGACUUGGUACAGAUUAUAUUAAAAAAAAAAAAACCUGCAAAGUUCAUUGCAUAAUCACUGCAUAAUCACAUAUGCCUGAGAUUUUGGAAACCCUAUCAGUGUUUUAUAAAGUGAGACACCUUUUCAAGAAGAAUUUCUCCUUUUUCUUGUGGGUGCUGGUGAUUAAUUCUCAAGAUCUGGUAGAGUUAAUGACGUUUCUGUUCUUAUCAUCUAAGUUGUAUUUAACAUCGUAGACUGAUCUUUGCAGAUGGUGGAAUUUCUUGAUUAAUGUUUUGAAAAAUACUUGAUUAUGUACUCUAUUAGACAAAUGGGAACGAAUGAUCCUUUUCUGAAAAUAAAAUCUAAUCAAAUA